GCAUUUGAUGUAGAUUUACGCCGUGAACAGAGUUACAACAUUAAUGAUCUUCAGGCAUAUGUCCAAUCGAACAUUCCCAAAUUAACGUGGGAACAGAAAGGCAUUUAUGAUCGCAUAAUGCAAAUGAUAAAUGACGGAGUUGGGGGGACCUUCUUCUUGGAUGCGCCAGGAGGAACUGGGAAAACAUUCCUCAUUAGAUUGAUUCUAGCAACGGUUCGAUCAAAAAGUGAUAUAGCCUUAGCUCUUGCUUCGUCUGGAAUAGCUGCAACAUUGUUACCAGGUGGAAGAACUGCGCAUUCAGCUCUAAAGUUGCCAUUAAACAUGCAAAUCAUUGAGACUCCUACGUGCAAUAUUUCUAAAGCAUCCGGUAUGGGAAAAGUAUUACAAAAAUGUAAACUAAUUGUUUGGGAUGAAUGCACAAUGGCACAUAAAAAAUCGCUCGAAGCUCUUGAUCGAUCAUUACGAGACUUGCGUGGAAACGUUCAACCAUUCGGGAAUGCAUUGAUAUUGCUCGCAGGAGAUUUUAGGCAAACAUUGCCUGUAAUUUCUCGAUCGACACCAGCAGACGAAAUUAAUGCUUGCCUGAAAUAUUCAACACUAUGGCGGCAUGUACAUACAUUGGAGUUGACUAUGAAUAUGCGUGUCCAGUUGCAGAAUGAUCCAUCAGCUGAGGUAUUCUCACGACAGUUACUGGAAAUUGGAAACGGUCAGCUGCCAGUCGAUGAGACGUCUAGACAAAUAUCACUUCCCGAUAAUUUUUGUAAUUUAGUUACAUCAAAAGAAGAACUGAUCGAAAAAGUAUUUCCUGACAUUCAGAUAAAUCAUAGAAAUCAUGAUUGGCUCAGUGAACGAGCUAUCCUUGCCGCAAAGAAUAAAGAUGUCUAUCAACUUAAUAAUGUUAUACAAUCCAGUAUUCAAAGUGAUGAAACUACAUAUAAGUCGAUAGACACUGUUGUGGAAGCUGAUGAAGUAGUUAAUUAUCCAACAGAAUUUCUAAACUCACUUGAUCUGCCAGGGAUACCACCACACAUAUUGAAAUUGAAAGUAGGUGUGCCAAUUAUCCUCUUGCGGAAUAUUAAUCAGCCAAAACUCUGCAACGGCACGCGACUUGCAGUUAAGAGAUUAAUGAAUAAUGUAGUGGAAGCAACGAUUUUAACAGGGCCUUUCAAAGGUGAAGAUGUCCUCAUUCCUCGAAUACCCACGAUCCCGACCGAUACACCAUUUCAAUUUAAAAGAUUGCAAUUCCCAAUUCGAUUGGCAUUUGCAAUCACAAUCAACAAAGCUCAAGGUCAAUCUUUAGAAUUGUGUGGUCUAGAUUUAGAUGUGGAUUGCUUUUCACAUGGACAACUGUAUGUUGCGUGUUCCCGAGUCGGCAAACCAGAUAGUCUUUAUAUUUACGCAGACAGUGGAAAAACAAAAAAUAUUGUAUAUAAACAAGUAUUGCAAAAUUAAACUUAUAUGAAAUGUA